AAUGUCUGUUGUCAUAGCUCAGCCAGGUCAAGGACAGAAAGGUGUUGGCAUGCCAAUGGCACCAAUGUCUGAAGUACAGACAAUUGUGCUACCCCAUGGUCUCCCGCAAGGCCUGGCUUAUCUUUCUGCUUUAAGUGAGGUACAGAUCCACCAACAGUUUGAUGCUUUAGAAGUAUUGUCUGGUUGUGAGAGAAACAAUAAAUACCAAAUCUGCAAUUCUAACAAUCAACAGUUUAUGUAUGCUAAAGAAGACACAGACUGUUUGACACGUCAGUGUUUUGGAACGAUGCGACCAUUCACCAUGAAUAUAACUGACAACAACUGGCAGCCUCUAAUACAGAUGUACCGACCUCUGAAGUGUGUAGGUAGCUUUAUGUGGUGUUGUUGUCUACAGGAGAUGAGUAUCAUGUCACCACCGGGUAAUACCAUCGGAUCUAUCAAACAAAUAUGGACAUGUUGGUUACCCAAGUAUGAGGUGUAUGACAAUCAGGGAAGUCAUAUUUUCACUAUCAAUGGUGAAUGUUGCUACUGUGCUUGUGGGACUGACAUAAAUUUCCAGGUGAGUGAUGUAACUGGUACAGAUGUUGGUCGUAUCAUCAAACAUUGGGGUGGCUGUAGGGAACUGUGUGGAGGUGUGAAUGACUUCAGUGUACAGUUCCCAGCAAACAUGGAUGUGUUUCACAAGACGAUUCUAGUGGCAGCUACAUUCCUUAUUGACUUCAUCUAUUUUGAGAAAAACAAAAAUUAGAUGGUUUGAACUUUCAACACUCCACAGUUAGCUUAUUUAAAUAAGCUGUGUGUGUAAUUAAGUUAAUCUCUUCUCUUAAAAAAAACACCAAAAAACGUUGAUUUAACGUAACAUUUUAAUCUUCUACUUAUUAGACUAUCUUUCUCCGUGUUACAUGUUACAUGUUAACCCCCCACUGUAUAAUGGACCUAAUAUUUUAUUUAGAUUUUUGAGUUUACAGAAUGAGAGUGGUGAACAGUUAAAUUAAAAUUUAUAUUUUAUAGACAUUUAUUGUAAUUGAUUAGAGCCAUACUUUACAACAUUUUGUUAAAUUGUUGUACUUAAUUAGCUACAACUUACUUUUAUCUAAAGAAUACAUGUCCUUGCCCAUUAUGUAGGGGAAUUGUUUAUGUUUAUUGUUUGCCUCGGCAUUAAUCUUAUUUAUCAGUAUAUAUAAACCAGAGACUUUUAUUAGAGAUAACUUACAUCAAAUAUACAAGAUAUUGAAUAAGUGUAAGUUUAAUACUGAAUUUAUUGAACAAGUGGAAUAAAAUUAUAUUGUGCCAGCCUUUGGCGAGCAUCAAAUUAUUUUAUCCAACAAGUUCAAUAAAUUUAGUUAUAAACUUACAUUCUUUUAAUCACAUACCAAAAAAUACCACAAAAUAAAGACCGUUUGAAGUGAAAAGGAAACAUUAUCCAUUGCUUGGCCUCGAGUAUACAUGUAACACAAAAUAUAGUGUGUCUCAAUGCAAUGUUUAUAUAAAGCAAAUGACAUCAAAUUAAAAUAUAUGCACAGCUGUCUAAUACCAUUUUUACUGAGUCGCAAAAGCGCAACAGGUAUGUGAUAAAAAGCUCCAUGAUAUAAACAGCUUUAAGGUGUUUUAAAGUAGUAAUAGUCACUUGAUUGUAUGAUUAUUGUUAGAAAUAUUUACUUUAAUGUUACUGUAAGUAUACAUGUAAGUACAAUUUAUUUUUGGUCUUACAAUUUUAGUCUUAUAAUUUUCGGUCUUAUAAUUUUGGUUUUAGAGUUUGAUUCUUAUUUUUUUUUGGUCUUAUAAUAUUUGGUCUUACAUUUUUUUAUGAUAUUUUAUUGCACCAACAGUAUUCUGGUAACUUGACUUAUAAUGAUGAAAACAUGUUAGUGUUCAUUCCUUGCUACCAAAAAAUGAGCUGUGUCACGACAAAACCAACAUAAUGGGUUUGCGACCAGCAUGGAUGAGACCAGCCUGCGCUUCCGCGCAGUCUGGUCAGGAUCCAUGCUGUUCGCUAUCAGUUUCUCUACUUGUAAUAGGGUUGGUAGGCGAACAGCAUGGAUCCUGAUCAGACUGCGCGGAUGCGCAGGCUGGUCUGGAUCAAGCUGUUCACAAACCCAAUAUGUUGGUUUUGUCAUGACACGGCUCAAAUGCUUAUUGUCACUAUUGUCUGUUUUGAGAUUGGUAAAAAAUUUACUUUUAACUUUUAAAUUGUUAUAUUUUGUGUUCAUUUUUGCAAUUUUGUUUAAUAUAUUGUUUAAUUUUAAUGUUGUUCUUCUUUUAGUUGUUAAGAUGUUUGUGAAACAGUAUUGUUUGGUUUUAUUCUUUAUACUUUAAACAGAUUUUUAAUUUUGCAUAAUAUUUACAUUGUAUAUCAGGAGUCAUCCUAAAGUUUGUUUUUUAACUAUAUCUUUUUAUCUGGACAAUUCAAAGAGUAGGGAGAGCUAUUGUACUCACCCUGGCAUUGGCAAUUCACACUUUGGUUAAGUCUUUGGGUGCAAGUUGGUAUGACUAAAACUAUUUAAAGGAAUCAGAGACAGAUGAGAUAAGCAACUCCUAUAUACUCCAUUGAAAUAUCACUCAUGCCUAACCAAAAAUGAAAAAUUAGGCAUUUUGUAGCAAAUAAAACUUAUUGGAUUUGCAUUUGAUCAUUUAAUAUUAUAUACCAUUUAAAUGGUAAAUCUUUUAUCUAUUGCUGCAUGUUAAAAUAUUGGGAACUUUCCAUGCCUUUCACUUAGAAAAACAUAGCAAGACAUACCCACUGAGCCAGUUUUUUCGUCAAAUAAUUAGUUUUGUAACAAAAAUUAAUAGGUAGUGCUCUUUAAAAAUUGAUGUAUCAUUUAUUUAAAUGGGAACUGUAAAUAUUUUUACCUGCAGCCAUAGACAAAUGCAUAAGCUUUCAGAAAAUGUAUUAUUUUCCUUAUUUUAAUAUCUGGUUAAUAAGUUGCUACAAGUUUUAUGUUCAGCAGGAACGUGUGAUAUUUUAUCUGGUUAGGAAGUUGAUAUCUCUGUUAUUAUCUCUGUUUCUGAAGGAAUGAUUUGA